UCAAUGUUAACCCAUCUCCUUCAUUUUUCUUUUUCAGAGACUCCCUCACACUCAGAUAAAUUUUCCCAUUCCAUUUUUUGGAGCGAUCUUCCUUAGGAUAUAUGGCUUGCAUUUAUAGCAGCUCAGUUUCUUCGAUUUCCACUAAAUUGAAUUUCCCCUCUCUUUCUAAUCACAAACCCAAGUUCGUUUGCUCUCUUGGAGGGGCUGUUGCUGAGCCAAAAGCUGUAAAUGCCACCGAGCCAUUGUUGCUUAACGCUGCGCGGGGGAAGGAAGUGGAGAGGCCACCUGUUUGGCUUAUGAGACAAGCAGGGAGGUACAUGAAGAGUUACCAACAACUCUGUGAGAAGCAUCCGUCUUUCCGUGAAAGAUCAGAAAAUGUGGAUCUUGUGGUGGAAAUCUCUCUUCAGCCAUGGAAAGUUUUCAAACCUGAUGGGGUGAUCUUAUUCUCUGAUAUUCUGACACCUUUGACCGGUAUGAAUAUUCCAUUUGACAUAGUGAAAGGCAAGGGUCCCAUCAUAUUUGAUCCAAUAAGCAGCGCUGCUGAUGUUGAGAAAGUGAUUGAAUUCACUCCUGAUGAGUCAGUUCCAUAUGUAGGAGAAGCUUUGACUAUCUUGCGCAAGGAGGUGAACAAUGAAGCAGCAGUGCUUGGUUUCGUUGGGGCGCCGUUCACCCUGGCUUCUUAUUGCGUUGAAGGAGGUUCCUCAAAACACUUCUCGAAGAUAAAGAGAUUGGCUUUCUCAGAGCCAAAGGUCCUUCAUGCUUUACUUCAAAAGUUCGCAACGUCCAUGGCUAAGUACAUCCAGUACCAAGCUGACAAGGGUGCACAAGCCGUUCAGAUCUUUGACUCGUGGGCAACGGAACUCAGCCCCGUUGAUUUUGAGGAGUUCAGCCUCCCAUACCUGAAGCAGAUUGUGGAUACGGUGAAGCAUACCCACCCGAACCUCCCGCUGAUCCUGUACGCAAGUGGCUCUGGUGGCUUGAUCGAGAGGCUGCCCCUCACGGGCGUGGACGUUGUGAGCUUGGACUGGACUGUCGACAUGGCUGAAGGAAGGAGGCGCCUGGGCCCCGACGUGGCCGUGCAGGGCAAUGUGGAUCCAGGCGUCCUUUUCGGAUCGAAAGAUUUCAUCACUGAGAGGAUAAAUGACACAGUUAGGAAAGCUGGGAAAGGGAAGCAUAUAUUGAAUCUUGGACAUGGGAUUGUAGUUGGUACACCUGAAGAAAAUGUGGCUCAUUUCUUUGAGGUUGCUAAAAGCCUUAGAUAUUAGGAGAUCUUUGCUGUUUUUUUUGUAGGGUUAAUCCUUUGAUUGGUGUAUUAGAGGUAGCUUCAAGAUUAAAAUAUUUAAUUUGAAUAUGUAAUUGUUGGAUUACGCCACUUUAUAUUUACUCCUUCCGUCUCCCUUAAGAUGACAUGUUUUCCUUUUUA